GGGGCAUUGCCACUCGCUCGCUCGGCUUCCAACUGUUAUGGCGUCUUAACGAUUUAAUUGAAGUAAAUUGGGUUGUUCCAGUAUUUCAUCGAUUUAUAAAGCUUACGCAGAGUUCCAGCGAUGUUAUGAUGCGAUUUUACAGGAUCCAAUGCGAGUCAGCAUCCCAAAUAGAAGUGAAGGUGGAAUUACAACCAGGGAGAGAGGAACACUGCACUAAACAUAAGGCACUCUGAAGUUUGAGGCUGACUUACAAAUCUUAUGCAUUUAUAUUGAAGUUAUUAUGGUGAAGAAUUCAGUUUUGAUUCUGAAUUGACAUCUAUCGAAUAUAAGCCUAGAGGCGGAACAAGAAAAGGUUGCAGAUACGAAGCUCGCAGAGAAAUGUGGAGAUAUGGGCGACGUUCAAAAGAUACGUUUCGUGUCUAAGAAAACUUUAAAAGGACACAUCAAUAAAGUAAACUCUGUACAUUACAGCGGUGAUUCUAGGCACUGUGUGACGGGCUCCUUGGACGGCAAACUUAUAAUCUGGGACACAUGGAGUGGCAACAAGGUGCAAGUAAUACCUUUACGCUCCGCUUGGGUAAUGAGCGUUGCAUUCGCCCCUUCGGGAAACUUUGUUGCAUGUGGCGGUAUGGACAACAUGUGCACAGUGUACGAUGUGAAUAAUCGUGACGCGACGGGGUCGGCAAAGAUGGUCCGCGAGCUGGCCGGCUACGAGGGCUUCCUUAGCAGUUGCCGCUUCCUCGACGACACGCACAUUCUCACCGGUUCCGGGGACAUGAAGAUUUGCGUCUGGGACUUGGAGGCGGGCAAGAGGGAAGUGGAAUUUGAUGCACAUGCGGGAGAUGUCGUCACCAUUUCUUUAGCUCCCGAUAUGAAGACCUACGUCACCGGUUCAGUGGACCGGACCUGCAAGCUUUGGGACGUGCGCGCUGAGAAGGCAAAGCAGACUUUCUUUGGACACGAAGCUGAUGUCAAUAGCGUUUGUUACCAUCCCAGCGGCCAAGCAUUUGCGACCGCGUCCGAAGACAAGACGGCUCGUCUAUUCGACAUUCGCAGCGACCAACAGAUCGGCCAUUAUACACCACCGGGCAGCUGCGGUUUCACCAGUUGCGGUUUGUCGCUAAGCGGACGUUACUUGCUCGCCGGUUCGGACGAUAACUCCGUACAUUCUUGGGACACUUUAAAAGUAGUCCAUACAGGUACUCUAACCGCGCACGAAAACAGAGUUACUUCCAUCUCUAUGGCUCCGAAUGGGAUUGCUUUGGCCAGCUGCUCCUGGGACCAAAGCGUCAGAGUUUGGGGCUAGGAAAUCAAUAGUACAGUGUAAAAUGCAUAAUGAUAAAAACACACACUUUGCCAAGGUGACAUUUUUUUUUAAAUACUUUUCAACUUUUAAUGAAUAUAAAAAGUCCUAUGGUUUAUAUAGUAAAGCCAGAAAUUCUAUCAACAAUCGAGCAGACACGAUACGACUAGGCUGACCGCAAACCACCGGAUACCGAUCCAGGUUAAUGUGAUUUUGGCUCCCGUACGACACAUCGAAUUGCACAACAUCGAACCUCACGAGAUCGAACACGUUAGAUCGAUAGCUUAUGUUAGCGACAUUUCAUGAUAUCGAAAGUUUAUGAGCUCGAUCGUUCAUGACAUGUCGUAUACAGGGUGGAAUUUUGUAAUGCCACCUGAAGGGAAGGUACUCUUAAUAAAUUAAUUAUAAAAGCUAGACAAUUGAUACUCA